AUAUUAAAAAGUGAUUAUCAAGUAAUUAUAAAGAUAAUAAUAUCAAAAAAUUUAGAAAAAAAUUUUAAAUAAAAGAAUGAGUCAAUAAAAAGUUAUUGCACAAUAAAUGAGCUUACGCAAGUAAGUAAUGGCCAAAUCUAAAACUUUAUUUUAAGCAGAAAAGGCUAUUUUAGACUAGGAAAAAGUUAGCGAUCAGCUAGCUUCAUGGGAAGAAGCUGUUGCUUAUAGAAACAAAUUUAGUGUAAUGAAAAACAAUGGGGGUUCUUAUGAAGAAUACAGUCUUAAUUGCGAUCUAUCUGAGCUUGCUUAAUAUGGACCAGGAUUACGCUUAUUCUUUGAACUUCUUAAAUAUUCUGCUAUAGUUUUUUUAUUAAUGUCUCUUAUUUCUAUACCUGCUUUAAUAGGUAACAUCCAAGGAUAAAGCUUAAAUAGUAUAGAAAUGUCUACAAAUUCCUUACCUAAACUAUCCAUAUCUAAUCAACCAAAACUAAAAUUACUUUCCCCUGGAGCAAAUGCUAGUGACGCUGAUUAUUAAGCAGAUCAAGUAGAAAAUCAGUAGAGGAUAGUAGAUUUUGUUAGCAACUCUGAUAGCAGAUUAAUAUAAGUUGCAGUACCAGAUAUAGUUUACUCAGUUAUAUUCUUAUUAUUUAUUUUUUGGUUUCAUUACCACUCACACCAAAUAGCCAAGGAAACUGAUCUGAAAAACUCUUUACCAUCUAAUUAUUCAAUAGAAGUAUCAGGAUUUCCUCACACAAUUACUGAUGAAAAAAUUUUAUCCAAUCAUUUCCGUGAUAAUUUUUCUGUAGAUGUAUUCGAGUGUAAAUUUGCUAGAAACUAUUACAAUACUCUCUUCUUGCAUAAAGAGGAAGCAUAGCUUAUAGAUUUGAUAAAACAAGAAAAAUCAAGAUAAUAAUUUUUAGGUAAAGAUGAAAAGAAAAGUGAGACAUUAUAAAAAUUGGGUAAAAAAUUAGCAGACAUUUAAGCAGACAUUAAUUAAUAAGUUUAAACUAAGAUGAAUGGUUCAGUUCUAUCUCAUAAUGAAUACCCAUCUGUUAAAGCUUUUAUAAUAUUAAACAGCAUUGAAGAUAAGUAAAAAAUAUAAUAAGAGUACAAAAAAACAAAAGGUUUCUUUGGUUAAAAGCGUGUUAAAGAAUUUAUGCUAUAAAACAAGCAUUUACUCAAAUUAAACUUCAAACCAGAUGAACCAUCUAACAUUCUUUGGGAAAAUCUUGAAGUUAGUUCAUUUAAUAGAUUUUUAAGAACUUUGGCUGUUAUUAUACUUGUAAUCAUCGUAAUGAUUAUCACUUUUGCUGUUAUUAUCAUUGCCAAUAUUGCAACUCCUUAGAAUACUGAGGAUUGUCCAAAAUAGUCUAUUUCCUUCUCUUAAGCCUCUAAAUCUUCACUUUACACAUAAUGCUACUGUACUAAUGUUUCAUUUUCUCAAAUGACAUCCAAUAGCGCUUUACAAAACUUAUGUUGGGACGUUUGGGUCAAAUAUGCUACUACAUAUGCUCUUACUAUUGUCACAGGUUUAGUUGUUCUAAUUGUUAACUUUCUUCUUAGACUUACAAUUUAAGCUCUAGGAAAAUUUAAUAGAUACAAAACAAUUACUAAGUACACUACCUCUAUGACAUCUAAGCUAUUCUUAGCUUUUUUUGUUAACACAGCUUUAAUUACAUUAUUUUUGCAAGCAAAUAUUUAUGGUUUUGUGCCAGCAAUUACUUUUUCUAAACCUAUACCUCCAAUUAGUAAUUUAUAAGAUAACAAUAAAUCGUAGUUUUCUACUGAUUUUGACAGAUCAUGGUACUUAUAAGUAGGAUCAAAGAUUACAGUUACAGUCUUCUUCUUUGUUGUUACUCUGUUUUUAUUCUAGUUCUUAUAUUCCAUGAUUAGUAAAUGCAGACGAGAAUCAAAGGUUAAACAACUUGAAGGAAAAGAUGUUUAAAGAGUAGCAAACAAAACUAUUCUUGGACCAGAAUUUCCAAUUUCUUUUUACUAUGCUUCUACUUUUAAUAUCAUUUUCACAACAUUAUUUUAUUCCUCAGGUAUCCCUAUAAUGCUAUUUGCAGGCUUUAUUAUCUUAACAUCAUAAUAUUGGGUUUAUAAGUACCUACUUUUAAGAGUAUGCAGACGUCCACCAACUUAUGAUACAGGUUUAAGUAAUCGUAUGUUAUUGAUCCUUCCAUGGUCUCUUUUGCUUCAUUUAGCAGUAGGACUCUACAUGUAUGGAUAGCCUUUAAUCUUUCCAAGUUCUUAAAGCUAGUUGGUUUUAAAUAUGAAUCAGACUACAGGAGAAGUUAAAGUUAAAAUUAACGAUUCAGCUCCUAUUGAAAAUAGAGCUUUCCAUAUUCUCUAUCUUUUCAUAUUCCUUCUUAUAGUUUUAGGACUUUAUAUUUUGAACAUUUCAUAUUCUGGAUUUUUAUAGAGAUUUGUUAAUAUGUGCUGUAAGAGAAGCCAUUAAGUAGUUCCUCAGCAUUAAUUAGUACCUUAUAAUGAAGAAUACUUUAACAUAGAAAAAAGAAUGUUACCAUCAUAUAAUAUUAAAGUAAAUCAAGAUUAUAGAUAUAUUAUAGAAGCAAUUGAUUUGGAAAAGAAAUUUGAUUCUGAAAAUUCUCCUAGGGCAAACAGCUCUUCCCCAUAAUAUAAAGAAACAGAUAGUAUAAAUAAAAAUAUAGAUUCAAUUAUAGAAAAUAUUUGAAGCAUAUUCAACAAAAUUUUGUAUAAAAAAUAUCAAAUAUUGUAUAAAAAUAACUUUCAUAAUUUAUUACAUUACAUUAUAUUUCUUCAUAAUUGUAUUCUAAUUUAAUAAUUUUAUAAAAUAUUUUCUUAUCUCUACCAACAAGCAA